CAUUUGCAUCUUUUUCAAUCUUCAUUCACCAAUUUAGUGCAGUCGAAAUGUAAUUUAUAAUAAUACGAAAUUUCAAGUAUUUAUAAAUAAUAUAUUGUUGCGGUCGCUGUGCUAAAUUAUACAAUUUGCUGUAUUAACAAAAUGAAAACCAAUUUGCUUUUUGGAAUAAUCGCCAACUCGAAAACACGGGUGCGAUGCGUUUUUUGUGGUGUCUACAUACCCAAGGCGAACAAGUGUAUCGAUCAACAUGUAAAUGGGUCAAAACACAAGGAGAACAUUGAUUUGAUGUCUGAAAAUGGUAUAUCUUUUCACAACGAUGCCGAUAUUUUGUAUUGUAAACCAUGCGAUUCUUAUUUGCCCGAACUUGAGUCUGUAACUAAACACAUCGAAACAGACAGCCACGCGAACUGGGGAGCGGCAAUGCAGGACCUUGUGGAAGGUGAAUUUAUCAGGCUGAAUGAUUAUUUAUCAUCGAAAUCUGACAACGCAUUUUGCGAAGUUUGCCAAUCGGAAAUUCCCUGUCUACUUCCAAAUAUUGAAGAGCAUGUUAACACUUUGAGUCACCGUGGCAAUAUCGCUGAGAAACUGAAACCACUAAAUGGAAUAUUUAACUGUGAGAAUGAUGAUGAAGUUUGGUGCAAAGUAUGCGAUGGGUAUCUAACCAACACAGUAUCAUUUAUACUGGAUCACAUUGAUGAAGACUCACAACAUAUGGAAUGGUUCAUGGAAAUCGAAGAUCUAAUUGAAGACCAAGAUAUAACAUUAGAGAAAUACUUAUCAAAUGAAUUUGAGAAGUCUGCUUACUGUAAAAAAUGUAAUGUUGAUGUAAUUUGCAAUGUCCAAAGUCUUGAAGAACACAUUCACAGUGAAGCACACAUAAAUCAAUUAAGCUUGAUUGAACUUUUGUAACCUGUCAACAAUUUGAAUGAAUACUCAAACAACUAAGUGUAGAUUCUCAAACUAUUUAACCUAGAAAUCCCAUAGUACCUGUAACUAUGGGUUUCUAUUGAUGAUACAUACAGAAACAUAUAUCUAUCUCAUCUCCUAGCCUUGUCCCACUCACUUGGGUGUAUAAACCUUAAAACAUAUAUCUAUCUCUGUUUCUCCAAAUAUAACAAUAGAGAUGGCACCCCUUUGUACAUGUCAGUAGAAACUAACCAGUACAUGUAACCUUUAGCUGUUUAAGAACUAUGUUCUAAUAUUUAUGAACUUUUAAAAAAAUCACCUAUAUGUAUGUACAUUAUAUUCUUCACUGUAUAUUCAACUGUUUAUUACCUUUCAAUUGCUUAUUCUAGCUGGACUAGUAGUGCCAAGCCAAACAAACAUUAACUGUACAUUUAAAUAAUAAAUAGUUCAACUGC